CGCUGGAUCCUUAACCCGGUGGGCCACAGGAGAACUCCAAUGACUGCUAUUCAUUGAUGGCCUGGCUUACUAUGUGUUAGAUCAUGAGUUAAACAUUAUCUCAUUGAAUCAUUACACCACCACUAACCCUUUAUUAGGUGGUUAUCAUCCUCAGUUUACAUGUAAGAAAAGCAAGACUUGCAUAUGUUUGCCCAGGCUCAAGGUAAGGAUGCCUGCAAAACCAGUUUGCAACCACCGCUAUAUUCGCUGAACAUGAAGCGGGUAAGCACGUCUGUAACUUCAAUUCCCGUCGGGCUGUGCGGCAGCGUCGCGAGAGUUGACCUGAAAAAGCAGCCUCGCGAGCGUUGGCUUAAAUGCGGCGGCGGGAAGGCGGCGGUCCCUCCUGCGGGAGCGGUUGAGAGUACGGACAGCUGAGGCGAUGGCGGACAGCCACAGCCCGGACAGCGAGCCUACGACGCGCACGCUGCUACGGCGCGUGCUGGAUACAGCGGAUCCGCGCACCCCGCGGCGACCCCGAAGUGCUCGGAUUGGUUGCUGGUCUUUACACAGUGCUCAGAUAUCCCCGCUUGAAACAUCUUCCUCUAGGAGGCUGAGGAGCCAAACAAAGAUGUCUGCCAGGCGUUGGUCUCAUAGAAUCAGGUCUAUUGACAGAUUGGCCCAUGUUCAAGCCAGUGGACACCUGGAGGAACAAACACCCCGAACUCUGCUGAAGAACAUCUUACUAACUGCCCCAGAAUCUUCCACCGUGAUGCCAGAGUCUAUGAUGAAGCCACUGACGGUGCCACAGAUGGUCCAGCCUUCCAGACGGGAAAGCAGUUGGAGCAGCCUAGAGCUGCAGCUUCCUGAACUCGAACCCCCCACAACCCUGGCUCCAGGUCUGCUGGCUUCUGGCAGAAGGAAACAGAAGCUAAGGUUGUCAGUGUUUCAACAAGGAAUGGACCAGGAGCUGCCUCUCUCUCAAGAGUCUCGUGGGAAUGCUGAUGCCUCUUCACUCACCAGCUCCCUCAACCUGACCUUUGCCACACCUCUCCAGCCACUGUCAGUAAAGAGGCCUGGUUUGGCCCGCAGACCCCUCACCCGACGUGCUGUAGAUGUGGGUACAUUUUUCCAGGAUCUGCGAGAUACCUCCCUGGCCUUGCCUCCUCCAGACACAGUGUUGGAGGACACCCAGCCGUUCUCCCAGCCCUUGGCUGGCCACUCCCCCAGUGUGCGCCACUCCCUGCCUUGCCCCCCUCACUCUGGGGCUAAAGAAUUGGAGAGGGCUGACAGUCGCAGGACACUGAGCGGUGGGCCUGGGCCACAGAAUAAUGGUCCUGGAGAACCAGCCCAGCUUCUGGCCGGAAAGGUGGAGGAAGCUGCUGCUGCUGCCGUGGGCUUUCCAAAUGCCAGCAGUAGUAUCUCUGGAGAAGAUGGAGUAGAGCCCUUACAGAACAGAGUAGGUGAGGAGGCAGAGGAAAGGACAGAAGAAAGUUGGAGCAUGAGGGAAGUGGAGGAGGCAGCAGGAGCACAAGGAUCUGCCAGAGCAGGAGAGCCUGAAGGACACACAGAGGUGACAGAAGCAGAGGGAUCCUGGGGGGCUGUUGAGGCCAAGGAGCCAGAAGGAUCUUCAGAGGAUGAAGAUACCUCUGGUAGGACAGCAAGUCCAGAGUUGGCCUCCAGCACCCCAGAGUUCCUUCAGGCCAGGCGACUUCAGGUUCUUGAGCCAGCUCUACUGCCUAGCACUGCAGUCUUACCUUCAGAACCUGCACAGCCUCUGUUGGCCAGGCUUCCUCCCAGGCCCCGCAUCGCUGGUCCCAGGCCCCGUCCAGAUCCCUACAAGGCUGGACUGAACCACUAUGCUAAACUCUUUAGCUUUUAUGCUAAGAUGCCCAUGGAGAGGAAGGCUGUGGAGAUGGUGGAAGAGUGCCUGGACAAGUAUUUCCAGCAUCUUUGUGGUGACCUGGAGGCAUUUGCUGCUCAUGCUGGCCGAAAGACUGUGAGGCCAGAGGACGUGGAGCUGCUGUUGCGAAGGCAGGGCCUGGUCACCGACCAAGUCUCCCUGCACGUGCUUGUGGAGCGACACCUGCCCCUGGAGUACCGGCAGCUGCUCAUCCCCUGUGCAUUCAGUGGCAACUCUGUCUUCCCUGCCCAGUAGUGGCCAGGGCUCAACCCCUGCCUUGUCCCCACCUUGGCCCCACAUAUACUUCCAGGUUUUCUCCUUGCCCCCCAGCAUCAAUAAAGAGUCACAAAUAGAA